AUGGCAAAAGGUUUUUUUGAAAAAACUCAAUUUCCAAACACAGUUGCUGCAGUCGAUGGUAAACACAUACGGUUGCAAUGUCCUAAAAAAACUGGAAGUCUUUAUUAUAACUACAAACAGUUCUUUUCAUUAAUUCUGCUUGGAUUGUGUGAUGCGAACUAUUGCUUCAGAAUUAUUGAUGUGGGAUCGUAUGGCAAAGAGAGUGACUGUAAUAUAUUCAAACAGUCACGGUUUGGGAAAAAACUUUAUGCUGACAAAGUUAACUUCCCCCCAGAUGCUCCUUUGCCUGGUGAUGAAGAUGGUGUACCUCAACCAUUUAUUGUAGUAGGUGACGAGGCUUUUGCUUUAAAUAAACAUUUGUUGAGACCAUUUCCAGGGAAAAGCUUGACCAAUGAGAGGAGGAUUUUUAACUACCGACUCUCCAGGGCUAGACGUUACAUUGAAUGUACAUUUGGAAUUCUUUCAAACAAAUGGAGAGUAUUCCAUACACCAAUUUUGACUUCUCCAGAUUUUGCAGUUCAAAUUACCAAAGCAGCAUGUAUAUUACAUAACUUUGUCCGGCGAAGAGAUGGAUACGACAAACAAGAUUUAGAAAACUGCAACAUUGGAGGAAUAGAAGAGAGAAGGGGCGUUGGAAAUGCUCCUUCAAAUGCUAAAGAUGUUAGGGAAUAUUUUGUUAAAUACGUGAAUAGCCCACAAAAUUCACUAAGCUGGCAAAAUAAAGUGAUUCUUUAA